AUGUCCGCCACGCCGUACGCUGCCGCCAUCAUCGAGACGGCCCUCUCCGCCGAGCAGCCCAUCCUCCGCUUCGGCACCUUCACCCUCAAGUCGGGCCGCCAGUCGCCCUACUUCUUCAACUUUGGCCUGUUCAACUCGGGCGCCCUCCUCCUCUCGCUCUCGUCCGCCUUUGCCGACGCCAUCCUCGACUCCUACCCGGACCUCGGCCAGCCGACCGCGAGCCCCGACACGCCGCGCGUCCUGUUCGGCCCGGCGUACAAGGGCAUCCCGCUCGUCGCCGCCAUCGCGACCGAGCUCGCCCGUCGCGGCCGCGACAUCGGCUACAGCUACAACCGCAAGGAGAAGAAGGACCACGGCGAGGGCGGCUCCAUCGUCGGCGCGCCGCUCAAGGGCGAGCGCGUCCUCAUCGUCGACGACGUCAUCACGGCCGGGACCGCCAUCCGCGAGGCGCACAAGAUUGUCGAGGCCGAGGGCGGCAAGACGGCCGGCAUCGUCGAGGCGCUCGACCGCGAGGAGCGCGGCGCCGGCACCCUGUCGACGGUCCAGGAGGUCGAGCAGGAGCUCGGUGUCAAGGUGACGAGCGUCGUCAAGAUGCGCGACAUUGUCGCCUGGCUCGGCGACAAGGGCAAGCUCGACGAGAUGAAGGCGAUGGAGCAGUACCGCGCCCAGUGGGGCAUCUCCAACUAG